UGACUUGGAUUUGGAUACGGACAUGGAUUGCCAUGGAUUGGUCGCCACCAUCCUCCAGGCUCAUCCUUUUCUGGCUGGGAUUGGCAGUGGCUGUGGCGGGUCAAAGUUACUCGGGUAAUUCCCUGUUCGAUACCCUAGAGAUUCUGCGACGUGGUCAGGCCCAAUUGGAUCUGGAGAAUCUGGAUGAGCGUCAACCGUUGGCCACAAAAUAUGAUUUCAUAGUUGUGGGUGCCGGUACAGCGGGUUGUGCCCUCGCUGCCCGUCUCUCGGAGAAUCCCCAGUGGCGUGUACUCCUCCUAGAGGCCGGUGGACCCGAAAACUAUGUCAUGGAUAUACCCAUUGUGGCCCAUCUCCUGCAGUUGGGUGAUAUCAAUUGGAAAUAUAAGACAGAGCCUUCGAACAACUACUGUCUGGCCAUGAAGAACCGAAGAUGCAAUUGGCCAAGGGGCAAGGUGAUGGGUGGAAGUAGCACCCUCAAUUAUAUGAUGUUCACACGAGGCAAUCGCAGGGAUUAUGAUCGCUGGGCUAGUCUAGGGAAUCCCGGUUGGAGUUUCAAUGAACUUUUACCAUAUUUCAAGAAAUACGAAGGCAGCACAAUACCCGAUGCCGAGGAGGAUUAUGUGGGUCGUGAGGGGCCCGUGAAGAUAAGUUACUCCAAGACAAGGACACGCAUAGCGGAGGCCUUUGUGGCCGCCAGUCAGGAUGAGGGAUUACCUCGCGGAGAUUACAAUGGAGCCAAACAGUUGAGAGUAUCCUAUCUCCAGGCGAAUAUCUACAAUGAAACCAGAUGGAGCUCCAAUCGUGCCUAUCUGUAUCCCUUGAAGGGAAGUCGCAGCAAUUUGCAUGUGCAAAAAAAUGCUUUGGUCACCAAAAUACUGAUUGAUCCAAAGACCAAGAGUGCUUAUGGGAUUAUGGUAAGAAUUAAUGGCAAAACCCUAAAGAUAUUGGCCCGAAAAGAGGUGAUUUUAUCAGCGGGAGCUAUUAAUACUCCACAAUUGCUGAUGCUAUCCGGUGUGGGUCCUGCCAAACAUCUCAGGGAGAUGGGUAUUAAACCUUUGGCCGAUCUGGCAGUGGGUUAUAACCUCCAAGAUCAUAUAGCUCCGGCGGUGAGUGCUCUGUGCAAUGUGAGUUCCCUGCAGGUUCAGGAAAUGUUCCGUAUCGAGGUUAUUGGAGAGUUCCUCAAGGGUCGCGGAGUGCUACGAAUACCCGGUGGCGUGGAAGCCAUCUCAUUUUAUGCCCUCGAUGAUCCCACAAAUCCCGAUGGAUGGGCCGACAUGGAGAUCUUUGUGGUGGGCGGUGGUCUGCAGACGAAUAUUGCUUUAAAACUGGCCCUGGGCAUCAGGGAGGAGAUCUAUGAGAGCAUGUACGGAGAGCUGGAACGUCAGAGUGCCAAUGGUUUCAUGAUUUUCCCCAUGAUUCUGCGGGCCAAAAGUCGUGGUAGGAUUAAGCUAAAGAGUCGAGAUCCCACCGAGCAUCCCUUGAUCUAUGCCAAUUACUUUGCUGAUCCCUAUGAUCUUAAUAUUACUGUUCGUGGUAUUGAACAGGCUGUGAGGUUGUUGGAGAAACCUGCCUUCAAGGAUAUUGGAGCUAGACUCUUGGAGAAACGUCUGCCAGGAUGUGAGCAACACAAGUGGCGGAGUAGUGAGUAUUGGGCCUGUUAUGCCCGUCACUUCACCUUCACUAUUUAUCAUUAUUCCGGAACGGCCAAAAUGGGACCCAGGAAAGAUCCCUCAGCUGUGGUAGAUGCCCGUUUGAAAGUCCAUGGCCUUGGGAAUCUACGUGUGGUGGAUGCCAGUAUUAUGCCCUACCUAGUAUCAGGUCAUCCCAAUGGACCCGUUUAUCUAAUAGCAGAGAAGGCGGCUGAUAUGAUCAAAGAGGAUCAUAAUUACUUGCAGAACUAGGAGUUAGUUUAAGUACCUUUUUUUUGUUAUAAUUUUAAGAGUGAUUUUAGUAAACAUCUGGCAUUUAAAACGAGUGAUUUUUCUAGUUCAUUAAUAUAUAAAUAAAACAUGGUAUCUGUACAAAAUUAUAUGGUUAUUAUAAGAAUCACUUUAAAUUAUAGUUGAUACUCAUUCACAAAGUUCAUUUAGUGUUAAGAUGUACUUUAAGCUUAGAAUUCAAGCAGAUUGUCAGGGAAUUGUAAUUGUUAGAAAUUAAUUCUAAAUGAGCUUCUGAUUUAGUGUUAUUUCUUGAUUGAUCUUAGCUUAUCAAUAAUAGAAUUCUAAUUGAUAAAAU